AUGUCUACGGAUAACAUUGAAAAACUGUAUCAAAACUACGGAAUACUCGCCGACGCCAAAGAUGAUAUCUCCAAGCACGAAAAAGAAUAUUUGGAAAUAUUAGCUGCUGUUAAAGGAUCAGACAAAGAGAAGCGACUAGCGUCACAGUUCAUCGCAAAGUUUUUUAACAGUUUCCCUAACUUGGCUGAUCAAGCUAUUGAAGCUCAAUUUGAUCUUUGUGAAGAUGAUGACGUAGCGAUUCGUAAACAAGCAAUAAAAGAACUACCCGUAAUGUGUAAAAGCAAUAAAGAGCAUACACAGAGAAUUGCUGAUAUAUUGGCACAGCUAAUGCAAUCUGAAGAUUCCACUGAAAUUAACGUUGUGACUAAUUCUUUGCUUGCUAUUAUAAAAAUUGAACCUCGCGCAGCUCUAGCAGGUCUUUUUUCACAAAUCCAUCAAAGUACAGACAGCGAGGUGCCAAAUGAAAUUGUUAGAGAAAGAUGUAUUAAGUUUAUGGCUACUAAAGUUAAACAGCUUGGUAGGGAAGUUAUUAACAAGGAGGCUGAAGAUUUGAUUAUUGUUGAAGGCAAGAAAAUACUGGAGGAUGUUGUUGCCGAAGAGUUUGAGCACAUUAUGGAUUUAUUAACUUGGUCACGGCUUGGCAAAACACCAGCCGGUAAGAAAGAAUUGACACAAAUAAUAGCUGCACUAGCUUUUUCUUCUGAUGACUGGCAUCCCGAAGACCCAGAAUAUGUGGAUAGACUAAUACAGUGCUCUCAACAUGCGUUGCCUUUAUUUACGGCACAGGUUGACUCAACACAAUUUGUAAAUAUCUUUUGUGAUCAUGUUCUACUGAAAUGGAAUGACAUUGCAACAACGGGUGGAGGGACAGAUCUGAAACUGGAUAUCCUAAAAACCUUUGCUGAGCUCACUGAACACUGUGGUGAAAUAGAAGAAAUUGAGAAGAAAAUCAAUAUUGUGUAUGAUGUUUUAAUGACAUAUCUACCUGAAGCGCCAUUACCUAAUGAAGAAGAAAAUGUGGAAAAAGAAAAAUCUGAUGAGGACAAAUCCACGGCGCCAUCCUUACAGUUUUCACAUGUUGAAUGUGCAUUGUAUGCACUACACUCACUAUGCAAGAAAUCACCAGAUGCUUUUGGUGCCGAUGCAACAAGAUUGAAGGCUUUACGCUUGAGAUUACAAUAUACAGCACGGCUAACACAAGGCUACAUUAAAAAGUUAAAGGAAGUUACUCAGGGUAAAAAGGGUGAAGAAGCUAAUACUGAUGAAAACAAGCUCAAAAUAGCAGCACUAAAAACGACUUCCAAUAUCAACACUUUGAUUCGUGAUAUAUUCCGCACUCCUCCAAGUUUCAAGAGCAAAAUACAGCUAUCAUUCCAAACUGUUAAGAAGGAGGAAAAGGAGGAAAAAGUAAAUGCCCCCUCAGAGGACAAAGAAAGUGCACAUAAGCGACACCGACCAAUAACUUUUGACAACGGCGAGAAAAAAGAAUCCCCUGAAAAGCGUUCGAAAAGUGGUGACAGAAAUAUGAAGAUGUAUACUCCUCCAUCUGGAAAAUACAGCUCAAGAUUAAACUCCGGUCGCUUUAUGAGUGGAAACUCUGGGAGGGGCAGGGGAAGUUACGGACGACGUGACUUUCGCAAUAAUGGCUCUUCUUACAGAAGACGUAGUAAUUACUAA